CCGGCAAAGGGGAGGCGCUGCUCGGCGCGGGAGGAGAGGCGUCCUCAGCGGCCGCCCCGCCGGCAUGGGGGGCAGCGAGAGCAGCCACGGCGGCAGGAAGGUGUCCUUCGGGCUGGACGAGCGGGAGCAAGUCCGGGUGCUGCAGGGCAUCAGGCUCACUGAAGAUGUAGUGAAUCGGAUGAAAGAAUCUCAAAGUAAAAGGGACAGCCAGAGGUCACCCCACUUACCCAGUGGUACAGCUCAAUUUUCAACAGCCGCAGAAGGGAAACCCAAAUCUCCUACAGGAAUCCAGCCACCAACAGCAAGUAACUCUGGUCAGAAGGCUACAGUUGCAGAGCAGGAAUUAUAUAGGAGGUAUGAGCAGGAGCAGGCCCUGGUUCAAGAGGAGCUGCUCCGGCUGGCCAAAAGAGAAAGGGAAGCAGCUGGUGAGGUGCUGAGUACUGCCCUUCAGCGGGAAAGGAGCAGCACCAAUGAGGAGAGGAAGAGAGCAGCUCAGCUGCCUGAGGAUUUGGACGCCUGGGCUGUGGAGCUGCAAGGCAGGGAGGCAGAGCUGAAGCGGCAAGAGGCCUUCUAUAAAGAGCAGUUGGCGCGCAUUGAGAGGAAGAAUGCAGAAAUCUACAAGCUGACGUCGGAGCAGUACCAGGAGGCAGCCACCAAGGCAGAGGAAUGGAUAAAGAGGAGGAACGUUGAUCCUGUCUGUGCAAGUCUGCAGUCUGAAAUUCUGAAGUGCUAUCAAGAAAACCAACGUGAAGUGCUCAAAUGCUCGGAGCUGGCUAAGGAGUAUCAGCGCUGCGUUAGUGCGGCUCAGAAGGCAUUGCCAUGUGUGGUAGCAGCACUGUUUUUACAAGGUGUACCAAAAGAACAUUUGAGGAACCACAGUCUCCUUCCUAAAAAUGCCUGCUGCACAAGGAGUAGAACCAAGCACCCAUCCAGCCUGGUUAGCUGGCUGAUGGAAUCCCGUGCAGCUGGCUGUUCAGCUGUCUUUCUGUGGUUGGCUUUAGAAGGGUUCUGUAAAUGUGGGAGCUUUUAGUUAACUCUGGAUAAACAUCAGCCACCAAAGAGCAGAGGACAGGGACCACAGAUGCUCCCUGGAAGGCCCAGCAUCCUUCUGGAAAGACGCUGACCAAAACUGGUGCCUUCUGCCCGUCAUGGUCCAAGACAACAAUACGAUUCCUCUUUUAAUGGCCUGCAUGUACUGGUCUGUGUGGAUGCUUCUGGAGCCAGGCAGAGUGUCAUAGGAGAGGGGAACACUUGCUUCAUUUUUGUAUUAUAAUAGAAUGUAAAGAAUGGCCUUGACUCCAGCACGACUUGUUGCUUGGAGGCAUACUCCACACAGGCCUGGUUCACCUUGUGCUAGCUUUGGUUUCACCAACCCCUGUCUGAGUUUCAAGAGUUGUUAUUUUGUCCGUUUGCUCCAGAAUUAAGGGACUGAAGUACUUAGAAAUAACCCUGACUAGCUUGUUGGGAUUAGCUGUUCCUAGCAUGCUCUGAUUGGCUACACCAGCAGGCGUGUUUCUUCCCUUCUGAGGUUCUCUCCUAAGUAAUAAAGUGUUUAAUGGUCA